AUGGCGGCAAACUAUCAACAAUUUGGUACUCGAUCUAAUCCACCACCAAGGAAGGUAAAUGAAGUGGGGAUAUCCAAUAAUCUUGAGCAACAAUUGAGUAAUUUGACUGCACUUGUGCAACAAAUUGCAAUUGGACAAGUGAAGACAUGUGGAAUUUGCUCCAAUGUGGGACAUCCUACCGAUAUGUGUCCUACCCUUCAAGAGACAAAUACGAAACAAGCAAAUGCCAUGGGAGGAUACCAAGGACAAAAAAGGCAAAGGUAUGAUCCAUUGUCCAAUACCGAUAAUCUGGGAUGGAGGGAUCACCCUAAUCUUAGCUAUAGAGGAAAUCAACAAGCUUCUAUCACUAAUAAUCCACCUGGUUUCCCUUGCCCACGAGCUCCACAAUCGUACCAAGCAAGACCCAAAAUGUUUCCCACCCUCAAAUGGAAGACAACUUGGGAGACUCACAAGAAGCUAAAUGAUGAGAAAAAAGUUGGAGAGGAGUUGAUUCAAGGUGGAACAAAGCAGUCCAAAAGUGUAGAAAAUUCGCCAACCGAUUCUACCAAUGCAAAACAUUCACCUAAGGUACAAUCUAAAGUUCCUAUUAACACUUACAAGCCUCCUUUGCUUUUUCCUAGCAGGUUUGCCACAUCAAAAAAGGAGGAACAUGAGCAAGAAAUUUUGGUCACUUUCAGAAAAGUACAUGUCAACAUUCCUUUGUUGGAUGCAAUAAAGCAAGUGCCACGUUAUGCGAAAUUUCUUAAAGAGUUGUGCACCAACAAGAGAAAACUUAAGGGAAAUGAUAUGGUGAGCGUGGGAGAAAACGUCUCAACGGUUUUGCAAAGGAAGCUUCUAACAAAGUGCAAAGAUCUAGGUAGUUUCACCAUACUAUGCAUCAUAGGCAACCCAAGGUUUGAAAAAGCAAUGUUAGACUUAGGUGCUUCUAUUAAUGUCAUGCCUUACUCAAUUUAUCUUGAUUUAAACCUUGGUACUCUUAAAGAGACCGGCGUAGUUAUUCAACUCACCGAUCGAUCUAGUGCCUAUCCAAAGGGAGUUUUGGGAGAUGUUUUGGUGCAAGUAAACGAGCUUGAUUUUUGA